UUGAGCUUGUUGUUCUGUCCGAUUCUGUAUUCUCGCCCGCCCGCCUGCAGUUACCGAAUCCUCCCGUGCCGCGCCUCGACGGAUGUUGCUCUUACUGAUUUGCGGGCCCACGCUCUUCCUCUCUUCCCAGGUCUCCACCUUCAUCACCAUCGCUCCAAUCCCGGGAGCCGAACACAGAAGAAACACGGAGUACGGAUACAACGCGCAAAAAGUCCAGCGAGGACGAAAGAUAAAGAGAAACCCGACCUCCGAAACUCUUUACCAUCCAUCCGACCGACUGCGUUUUCCCAAUUCUAAGCUCGAAAAAAAAGAAAAGAAAAAAUCGACCGCCCAUCGGCACUCGAUACGUUCCCAGAGAAACUACAGAGAGACUACGCUAUUUAUUUUUGUUGCGUCCCGUCUCGGCCUUCCCCAACAAGAAUUCGGUAUUUUGAGAUGGAAACUUUCCGCUAACUAUUCAUUACCCCCCGAUCCAGGUCCUAGGUCCGUCCCUUUUUUUGUUCUAUUUCCCCUCCCUUCUUCUUCCCUUCAACCUGACAACUACUCAUCCUCCCUUGACAUUACCUCCUGAGCCGCUCUCGCAUCGCCCGACUCCUUCUCUUUUCCAGUAGCUUGUCGAUUCUAACUCCCGACUCUUGCUUCUUUACAGAUACCCCUUUUUAUUCCGAGUCCGUGGCGAGGCGACGACCGACUCUUCUCUGAACUCCUGCCGACUACCU